UUUCGCGCUUCAUUCACGAGAAAUUGCACCUGCAAGCUGUUCGUGCAUUCUCCCUGCUGGUUGGAGUUGAAGAAAAUUCUUGGGGAAAUUGUGAGAAAUGGGGGACAAGAAGAAGAAGACGUUCAUGUUCAUCCGUCUGGUCUCGGCUGCUGGGACAGGAUUCUUCUAUGUCAAGAGGAAAAGCAGCAAGAAGCUUCUAGAGAAGCUCGAGUUUCGGAAGUACGAUCCCCGUGUUAACCGCCAUGUGCUCUUCACCGAGCAGAAGAUGAAGUGAGAGUUUGGGCUUUUUCUUUGUUUUCUCAUUCACCCCCAAAACAACACGAAGUAAGUUGCUUUCAAUCAAGAACUCGCCAGUCUGCUGCUCCUUUUCUUUUUUUUUUAAAAAAUCACUAGUCUUGUUUGAAGUUGGUUCAGGACAAGCAUUCACUUUGAGGUUUCCAAACACUUACAAUGCAGUUUCAUUAGAUUCUGAUUGUAAUAAUAUCUGCCAGUCUGAUUAGUUUUUCGCAUAUGGAUGUAAGGUAAGUGUUUAUUUUAUAUUCCUGGAAAAAUGUUCAUCUCUGAUAUGUGAGGUUUUCUGUACC